UCCCCUCCCCUCUCGAGGGGCCAGCCAGCCAGCCGCCUCCACCCACCGCGCCUCGCCGACGAUCCCUUCUUCUUCCUCCUCCACCCGACCGUACCGGCCCGGCUCGGCUGCGUCUGCGCGUGAGCACCCACAGUCGCCCCCCCCCCCCUCUCUCUUCCACCUGCCCCUACUCUGUUCGAAUCGAUUUGAAGGAAUAAGAUGGAAGAGAGGAGAAUAGCUCGGAUUUCAGUUACUUGGAGAGGCAGACAACUCGAUGUUGAUGCAGACCCAAGCUGUACGGUGAAAGAAUUCGGGCAACUUUUACAGGAUUUGACCAGUGUUAACCCAGAGACGUUGAAGCUUAUUGUUCCGCAAUCUACAAACAAAGGCUCCAAGCUGAUCACACCGUUUUCAGACCCUCAUUCAGUCUUAACAUUGAAAGAAGCUGCUAUUAGUGAUGGAAAACCUAUUAGAAUGAUGGGUGUUUUUAAUGAUGAAAUUGAGGAAGUAUCUGACAAUGGCAAAAGGCCAGAUCUACGGGUAAUAGGUUUUGAUGAGGAAGAACAAAGGUUGAGGCAACGAUCAUCAGGCAGGCCCCAGCUUUCACUCAAACUUCCACAGGGCCAAUACAUAUUCUGUGAUUUUCGGACACUUCACUUACCUGGGAUUGAGUUGAAUCCUCCACCUUCAGAAGCUCUGAAAAGAAUGCACAUGCUAGCAUGUGACCCAGGCAUAAUCGCAAUCAUGAACAAGCAUAGAUGGCGAGUGGGAAUCAUGACUGAAAUGGCACCAAUAGGAUAUGUAGGGAUCAGUCCAAAAUGCAUCCUAGGUUUCAAUACGAACAUGGGAGAAGAAAUAUCCCUUCGCCUACGAACUGAUGACUUGAAAGGGUUCAGAAAAUACGAAAGUAUCAAGAGAACUCUACUCCAUGAACUUGCUCACAUGGUGCACUCUGAGCAUGAUGCAAAUUUUUUUGCUCUUAAUAAGCAGUUGAAUGAUGAAGCAGCUUCAUUGGACUGGACCAAGUCAAGAGGUCAUGUGCUGAGUGGCCGCAAAAUCUUUGAUUCUUACGAGGAUGAAUUUGUUCUGGAGCCAGACAGCACUGUUGUUGGUCACAAACUUGGAGGAGGAUCCAGUUCCCUAUCAAGUGCUCGUGUGUUGUCUGGGGCUGCUGCUUAUAAGCGUUUAAUGAAUGCAUCAGCAAAUUUAGAGGGUUCCAAAGACAGUGUUACUAUAUCUGGAAAGGAAAUUCUUGUGCCUGGUACAACAUUUGAGCCUAAUCUGGAUGGUGUUGGUCAAUAUUUUGUCCAGGGGAAUGCCGAGGUGGAUCCAGAACCAGAUGAUAAUGAUGACAUGAACGUGGAUGUGGGGACUGGGGCAUCUUGGUCCUCGGUUUCUAGACCAUUUACAGAACAAAAUACCAUUGGUCACUCAGAGCCUGAUCCUGAUGAUAUUCACCGGCAAAGCUCUGCUGGUUACCUAGAACCUGAUCCUGAUGAUUCGACAAAUGUUGAUAUUCUUAACCAGGAGUUGAGGAUUGAUGGGAAGCAGAAUGGAGAACCUGAUCCUGAUGAUAAUGGUACUAGCAAAUUUAUUCCAGAACCUGGAAACAAGAUGGAAAUGGGGACUGAAUUGGGGAGCAACUUUGCACUUCUGAAGUCUGAACCUGAUCCUGAUGAUUCCUCAAAUCCUAUUCUGAAUAAAAGGCUGGGAACUGACAAGCCUGAUGAAAGUAGGUAUGAAGCUGUUAUGGAAGAAUGUGAAAACAAGAUGGAAGUGGAGCCCGAACAGAGCAAAAACUCCACAAUUUCAAAGUCCGAACCUGAUCCUGAUGAUCAUACUGGCGAUUCAAACAUCAGUGAGCUGCAAAGGAUUGAAGAACCAGUGACAGUCCUCUGUGCACGCCUCCAGAAGGCCAUUGAAAUGCUUCGUUCACAAGCAACACCUGCAGAGGCUGCUUCCGCACUUCAAACACUAUUUAAGAUUAUCAAGAAUGUGAUAGAACACCCACAUGAUGUUAAGUACAGAAGACUGCGUAAGUCCAAUCCACAGUUCCAAAGGAGUGUGGCGAACUACAAAGCUGCCAUGGAGGUUCUUGAAUUGAUUGGUUUUUGUGAGGAUGUCGUCUCAGAUGAGAUUGGCCGUCAAGAGACUUACUUGGUAUUGAAAAGGAACGAUCCUGGCUUGCUGUGGCUCGCAAAGUCCUCUCUUGAAGUUUCCAUGGCCUGACAAUCGUUCACCAAGUAAUCUCCCAUUGUAUUUCUAUAGCUGUAAAUCAUUAGUUUCUAUUACUGUUGUGGGUAGGCUCGUAUGCUGCUCUAGGCAGCUGAUGUAGUUCUUGUACAUGUAAACAACAAAUGGUCUGUACUGCCUGUCAAAUGGUCUGUACUACAUGUAAACACCAAAUGGUCCGGACUUCCUGAAUUUAAAUCAAAUUAUACGUAUUGCAGAUAAAUAAAUUAGCUGACAAAUGCACGUAUU